UCCAAUCGCACACUGCAGAGCCUGCAGGUGGGGGGCAACUACUUCACUCCUCUUGGAUGGGGUGCUAUACGAGGAGCUCUUUACGGCAACAAGAAGCUCCUUGAGCUUCAAUUCCCGGUGAAGGAGGCGUCAGACAUGACGGCGGCUUACGAGGCCUUCAUGAGGAAGAAGGAACAAGAAGUGCUAGAGUGCCGAGCGAGGAUCAAGAGGGCCUACAAGUCGACGAAAGGGCGCAAGACUCCGCAUGUGAUGCAGACUCAAGAUC